UAAAAAAGAAAAAAGCUUGACCUCAAUUCUUCAAAACUCCCAAAAGCUUUGCAAAGUUUGAUUGUUCUCCGCACGGAUUCAAACCAAGCACCGCGCACCCGUUAAUCAGGAUGGCCUUGGUAACAACAGCUGAACUUUGUGAUGCAAACCCACAGUAUAUUAUGAAUGGGGAGCUGCGGGCGCUGUUGCCGAAUUUCAAGAUAUACGGGCAGCGUCAAGUGUUCUAUGGGCAAGUUGUUACUCUCAGAGUGUUUGAAGACAACGUGUUGGUACGCGAGUUUCUUGAGGAGAAGGGAGACGACCGGGUUCUGGUUGUUGAUGGGGGCGGCAGCUUGAGGUGCGCGAUAUUGGGGGGGAACCCGGUGGUUCAAGCACAGAACAACGGGUGGGCGGGUAUCAUUGUGAAUGGAUGCAUAAGGGAUGUGGAUGAGAUCAAUGGGUGCGACAUUGGUGUGAGAGCUCUGAGCUCGCACCCCAUGAAGGCUAGCAAGAAGGGACUCGGAGAGAAGCACCUUCCAGUGCAUUUUGGUGGGACUAGGAUAUGUGAUGGGGAGUGGCUUUAUGCAGAUACUGAUGGCAUUCUUGUUUCCAAGUCUGAGUUGUCUGUCUAAUCAUAUUCUUACCAUCUUCCUUCUUCAAUUAGCUUUCUAGGUUCAUUUCUGUUUCUGCUAAAUUAGUUGUAGGUUUGCAUUGUUGUCUGCCUAAUCAUAUUCUUACCAUCCUUCUUGUUUAAUUAGCUUUUAAGUUCACUUCUGUUUCUGGUUAAUUGACAUUGAUAAUCACUUAUGU